AUGGGUUGUUCUUCUUCAAAUGUAAAACUGUCAAUUUAUAAAGUAGAGUGCCGAUGUUAAUAAUCCUGGAAAUGCCCCUAAGGCUGAGGUUAUUUUCAUUUUGGUAAUGUUUUUUUUUAAUUUUUAUAGGGAGGUCCUGGAUCUGGUAAAGGUACACAAUGUGAAAAAAUGGUUAAGGAUUAUUGUUUUUUGCAUAUAAGUACUGGAGAUUUGUUAAGAGCAGAGAGAUAAAAAGGUGAUAUUUCAUACUAAAAUUAGGUGGACCUGAUGCUGAAGAAUUAGAAAAUAUUAUGAGAGAAGGCAAAUUAGUUCCAUCUGAUACAUUAGUAAAGUUAAUCAAAAAAGUAUGAAGUUUUUAAUAAUUUUGAGGAAAUUGAAUCUUUGGGAAAUACAGGAAGAUAUAUAUUAGAUGGAUUUCCAAGAUCAUAAGAUAAUUGGUAAAGUUGGAAUAAAAUAAUUGGAAAUUCUGUAAAUGCAAGAUUUUUGUUGAUGUUUGAAUGUUCUGAAGCAGUAAUGGAAUAAAGACUUUUAAAGAGAGGAGAGACAUCAGGUCGAGCAGAUGAUAAUGCAGAAACAAUAAAGAAAAGAUUUGCCACAUUUAUGAAUGAAACACAACCUGUUGUAUAAGAUUUUGAGAAGAGGAAUAUGGUAGUCAAAAUUAGUGCUGAAGCUACACCAGAUGAAGUUUAUGAAAAUGUUAAAAAAUCAUUAACCAAUAAAGGUGUUUAACCAUUAAAACGACCUGAAGUGUUAUUUGUUUUAGUAAUAUAGUUUUUAAUUUCAAGGGUGGACCAGGAUCAGGAAAAGGUACUUAAUGUGCUCGAAUUUCUAAAGACUUUUCAUAUGUUCAUUUAUCAACAGGAGAUUUAUUAAGAGAAGAAUAGAAAAAAGAAGGACCAAUGUAAGCAGAACUAAAAUCGAUUAUGGAAGCAGGUAAACUUGUUCCAUCUGAUCUUGUUGUAAAAUUGAUGAAAAAGGUAUAUAUUUGUUUUAUAUAAAUAGGAAUUAUUAAGAAGAUAAUUUAAAGGAAAGUAUUUAUUAGAUGGUUUUCCUCGUAAUUAAGAAAAUAUUGAUUCUUGGAAUAAAAUUCUAGCUCCUUUAGUGGAUGUAAAUUGUUUACUUUACUUUGAAUGUUCUGAUGCUGAAAUGACUAAAAGACUUUUAGAGAGAGCUAAAACUUCAGGAAGGGCAGAUGAUAAUGAAGAAACAAUAAAAAAAAGAUUAACUACUUUUCAUUCUGAAACAAAACCUGUUCUUGGAGUAUUUAAAGAUUAAAGUAAAAUUUUUAAUAUAUUUAGAUAAAUUGAAGGUCAUUAAUUCUGAAUAAUUGGUUGAUGUUGUUUAUUCAAAUGUUAAAAAGUAAUUUAAAAGUAGUGGACUAGCAGUAACUUAAAAUGGUUAAAGACCUGCUAAAGGAAAAUAUGUUAUUGGUUUGAUAGGGGCUCCUGGAACUGGAAAAUAAGUUCAAUCUUAAAGAAUAUCAAAAAGGUUUGGAUUUCAACAUUUUUCAACAAAAUUGCUAAUUAGAGAUGAAAUAAAAAAAAAUACUUAAGAUUCAUAAAUAAUAAAAGAUUGCUAAAAAAAUAAUCAACCUAUUCCAGGUAAAGUAGUUGUAAAAUUAAUAAUUGCUGCUAUUAAUUAAUCAAAAGCUGUAAUUUAUUAAUAUAUUUUAGAGAAAAUUUAUAAUUGAUGGAUUUCCAAGAAAUGAAGAUAAUCUAAAUGCAUGGUAUGCUUAAACUAAUAAUCCUAUUCGAUUAAAAUAUAUAAUGUGUUUUUCAUGUUCAUAAGAAGUACUUGACAAAAGAAUUGCUGCUGAUGUUGGUAAUGAUAAAAUUAAUCUUAAUAUAGCAAAAAAAGAUUAGGCUAGUAUUUAAAGGAAAGUUGAAAUAUUAAAUAAUCAAACAAACUAAAUUAUUUAAAUGUUUAAGAAAGAUGAAAGACUUAUUGAAAUAAAUACAGAACCUACAAUUGAUGAAGUAUUUGCUGAAAUUGAAAAAGUCUUCAAUGCUAAAAAGCUUGAUAGAUGA